UCUCUUUCCAUCUCUGCACCCUUUUCGCGUUGCGUGUUUGUGUAUUCCAGUGUGUGAGUGUGUGUAUGUGUCUCUCUCGCGCUCUCUCGCUCUUUCCAGUCCGCGCUCCACGGCAGUAGGCGCAGAGCAAUUCCCCGCCGCUCGUCCCGUCAGUGUGUGCGUGUGUGUGUGUGGGUGUGUGUGUGUGUGUGUGUGUGUGUAGUAUAGCCCCUCGAUCUUCGCGGUGUCCACUUUAAACCCCGCAGCCCAACAAAAAAAAACUUUCAUGCAGAGCUUUUGAGCUUUCUCCCCCUCACCACUCACACACCCCCCUCGUCCCACAGGCAGCAAUAAUGGCUGAGGGGACGACAGUGUGCCUCUUCCUGCUGUCUCUGUGGUGCAGCGCCUCGGUCACCACGGCCGUGCAGAGAUCGGACAUAUUCCCGUACGGGACCCCGAGCGGAGACUUGACCCUGGCCGAAGGAGACGACGAAACCUCGAAGGUCCUGACGCUGCCAAGACCUCUGUACUUCUACAACACCCAGUUCAGCGAGCUUUAUGUUGCCACCAAUGGCAUCAUCUCAGCGCAGGACUUGCCCAUGGAGAAGCAGUACGUGGACGACGGCUUCCCCACGGACUUCCCCGUGGUCGCUCCGUUCCUGGCCGACCUUGACACCAGCGGCGGCCGCGGCCAGAUCUACUACCGGCUCACCGAGACGCCCAGCGUGCUGAACCGGGUGUCGCAGGAAGUGCACCGCGGUUUCCCUGACGCCCGCUUCACCCCGACGCACGCCGUGGUCGCCACCUGGGAGAACGUGGGGGCGUACGAGGAGCAGAGCCGCCAGGCCGGGCCCCCCAACCAGGUAAACACGUUCCAGGCGGUGAUUGCGUACGAUGAGACGGACUCCUACGCCCUCUUCCUGUACCCCGAAGACGGCCUGCACUUCUUUGGCACGCGACCAAAGGAGUCGUACAACGUGGAGAUCGAGCUGCCGGCCCGGGUGGGCUUCAGCCGAGGGGAGAUCACCUACUUCCUGUUCUCCCGCCAAGAGGGCCCUCACUACGGCGUCACCAGCGACCAGCAGAGCGUCAAGAACCUCUACCAGGUUGGAAACACGGGUUCUCCCGGCGUCUGGCUCUUCCACAUCGGAAACUCGUACUCCUUCGACAACAUCGUCCCCGCCGCCGUCAGCGGUCUCCUCGCCCACCCGCGUCCCGAAGGCUACGACAACAUCAAGGACACGACAACCCCGGAGUAUGGCGAGUUCGAGGAGUACCCCGACAGCAACAUCGACCCCGAGAACGAGGAGGAGGAAGAGGAGGAGGAGGAAGAUUACCCAGUCACCACCGGAGACCCCGAGUUCCAGCCCCCCGGUGGCGCUGACCGGACCCCUGAGUCUCCCCUGGAGCCCGAACGCCGCGACCCCGCCCCCUAUUACCCGCCAGAGGAGAACGCCGAGCCGGAGAACCACGGCCGUCGUGCCGAUACGACGCUGACCUAUGAACCCCGAUAUGUCCCGGAGCACGAGGGAAGGCAGUACCAGACCCCUCCCCCUCGCCCUCCCCCAGAGACCUACCCAGAGGGGGGGCCCCUCCGGCCCGGGGAGCCGCAGCCUCAGUCUCCAUUGGAAGUGGUGGACCAGUACCAGUACACAGCCCCCCAGGGCCAAGCCCCCCCCCACAUCCCUGGUGGUCAUGUGGUCAGCGUGGAGGAAGAGGAAGUCGACUUUGACACCGGAGUCAUUCAUUACAGCACAGACAACAAAGAGACCUGUGCAAGGUUCCAGAACCAGUGCUCCAAGAAUGCUGUGUGCAGCGACUACCCGUCCGGGUUCUGCUGUCACUGCCAGUCUGGUUUCUUUGGCAACGGAUGGCACUGUUUACCCGAUGGUGCUCCCCAACGUGUGAGCGGCAAGGUGCGUGGCUCGGUGACGGUGGGCGGCACCCCCAUGGACCUGGGCGACAUCGACCUCCACGCCUACAUCGUGGUCGGGGACGGACGCGCCUACACCGCCAUCAGCGAGGUUCCCGAGCCGCUGGGGUUGGCCCUGAUGCCGGUCGCACCAAUCGGAGAGCUGUUCGGCUGGCUGUUUGCCCUGGAGCUGCCCAACAGCCAAGCAGGAUUUAAAAUCACCGGCGCUGACUUCCUCCGCCGCGCCGAGGUGGUGUUCUACCCCGGCAACGAGCGUCUGACGGUGGUGCAGGCGGCCAGCGGGCUGGACGAACACAACCACCUGACCGUGGACACCGUCCUCUCGGGCAGCGUGCCCUUCCUGCCCCCCGGGGCCAGCGUCACCAUGGAGCCCUUCAAGGAGACCUACCAGUACUACCCCUCAGUGACCACCUCGGCCUCGGUGCGCGAGUACACGGUGGAGUCGGCCGAGCGCGGCUCCGAGUCCUUCUCCUUCCAGCUGCGGCAGAACCUGACGCACCGCGACUGUCGCCACGACAACCGCGGCGGGCGCCCGGAGACCCAGGAGCUCAGCAUGGAGCGCGUGUUCGUCAUGUACGUCACCGAGGAGCGCAUCCUGCGCUACGCCGUCACCAACAAGAUCGGCCUGGUCGGAGUGGAUGGCGGAGGGCCCGAGCCGGUGAACCCCUGCUACUCUGGCUCCCACGCCUGCGACACCAGCGCCCAGUGCCUCCCGGAGGAAGGCCAGUCCUACCGCUGCGAGUGUGCCACUGGUUACCAAGGAGACGGCCACUACUGCUACGACGUAGACGAGUGUGCAGAGGGCCUGGCCCCGUGUGGCCCCGGUGCUGACUGUGUAAACCUGCCAGGGUCCCAUCGGUGCCAGUGUCACUUCGGAUACGAGUUCAGCUUUGAUGGCCGCUCCUGUGUUGACGUGGACGAGUGCCAGUCGUCCCCGUGCCACGCCGACGCCGGCUGCUCAAACGGUCCCGGCUCUUUCCGCUGUCAGUGCCGUCCCGGUUUCCAUGGCGACGGCUUCCAGUGUUCCCCGCACGGCCGUCCUGAGCGCCCCCAGAGCCGGUGUGAGCAGCAGCGGGACAGCGUGCAGGGCGCGUUGGAGCCCAGAGGCCCCCGGCCCGUCCUCACCACCUAUGUGCCUCAGUGUGACGCCGACGGACAGUACAGACCCCUGCAGUGCCAUCGCUCCACCGGUCAGUGCUGGUGCGUGGACAGUAGGGGGCAGGAGAGAGCGGACACCAGAACGGCACCUGGUACACCUCCCACCGACUGUGACGAAGCAGAAGAGCCAGAGCGUCCCAAGACCCACUGCCAACACCACAGAGACGGAGUCCAGACCACCAGCCCAGAGGGGCACCCCCUUCUGGGGGUUUAUGUUCCUGACUGCGACGAGGCCGGACAGUACAAAACCCAACAGUGCCACGGCUCCACCGGCUACUGCUGGUGCGUGGACAGCCAGGGGCAGGAGCGAGCCGACACCAGGACGUCCCCUCGGGAAUCUCCCGUCGACUGCAACAAACCCGAUGAGCCAGAGCGUCCCAAGACCAGGUGUGAGCAGCACAGGGAGAGCCUCCAGACCACUGGCCCGGAGGGACACCCCAUCGCGGGGGCUUCUGCCCCUCGGUGUGACGCCCGCGGAGAGUACGCACCGUUACAGUGCCACGGUUCCACAGGCCACUGCUGGUGCGUGGACAUCUGGGGACACGAGCGCGAGGGGACCAGGUCAUUACCCGGUACCCCGGCGACAGACUGCGAUAAACCAGAUGAGCCCGAGCGACCCAAGACCCACUGCCAACACCACCGAGACGGGGUCCAGACCACCAGCCCAGAGGGGUACCCCCUCGUUGGAGCUUUUGUUCCAGAGUGUGACGAACAUGGACAAUACAAACCACUCCAGUGCCACGGUUCCACCGGCCAUUGCUGGUGUGUUGACAACGGCGGGCAAGAGAGGCAAGGAACUCGGACAUCAGCCGGUACGCCCAACACAGACUGCAGCAGACCAGAUGAGCCAGAGCGUCCGAAGACCCACUGUGAGCGCCGCAGAGACAGAUUUUUGACCACCCUUCCAGGGGGCUAUCCCAUCAUUGCUUUUGUGCCAGAGUGUGUGGAAAACGGACAAUACAGACCACUACAGUGUCAUGGCUCAACUGGGUAUUGCUGGUGUGUGGACAACAAUGGACAGGAAAGAGGGGGAACCAGGAGUCCACCUGGUACACCAACUGUAGACUGCAACAAACCAGAUGAGCCUGAGCGUCCCAAGACCCACUGCCAACACCACCGAGACGGGGUCCAGACCACCAGCCCAGAGGGGUACCCCCUGCUUGGAGCUUUUGUUCCAGAGUGUGACGCAUACGGACAAUACAAACCACUACAGUGCCACGGCUCUACCGGUCAUUGCUGGUGUGUGGACGAUAGGGGGCAGGAGAGAGUGGGAACCAGGACCCCAGCUGGUACACCGACCAUCGACUGUGACAAACCAGUGGAACCCGAGCUUCCUAAAACCCACUGCCAGCACCACAGAGACAGCGUCCAGACAACCAGUCCUGAGGGAUAUUCUAUCCUGGGUGCUUUUGUACCACAGUGUGAUGCUAAUGGACAAUACGUACCACUACAGUGCCACGGUUCUACCGGCCACUGCUGGUGUGUGGACAAUGCUGGUCAGGAGAGAGCAAGGUCCAGGACUCCACCUGGUACACCGCCAAAAGACUGCGACAAACCUGAUGAACCCGAGCGUCCCAAGACCCACUGUGAGCAACAUCGGUACAGCACCACUCGCGAGGGACCUGCUCCUGGAGCUUUUGUUCCUGAUUGUGACGAAGAUGGACAGUACAGACCCCAACAGUGCCACGGCUCCACUGGUCAUUGCUGGUGCGUGGAUCAAGAAGGGCAGGAGAGAGCCGGUACCAGGACAGCGUCUGGCACACCUCCCAGAGACUGCUACAAACCAGAUGAGCCAGAGCGCCCCAAGACCCCCUGUCAACACCACAGAGACGGGAUCCAGACCACCAGUCCAGAAGGACACCCUCUUCUGGGAGCUUUUGUUCCCGAAUGUGAUGCAGAAGGACAGUACAAAACCCAUCAGUGCGACAGCUCCACUGGUCAUUGCUGGUGUGUGGACAAUAGGGGGCAGGAGAGGGCGGGAACCAGGACGCCAGCUGGUUCACCGAAGAAAGAUUGCAACAAACCAGACCACGAAGCGCCCCGCCCGGAGAGUGUGUGUGAGCGCUGGAGGGCCAGCCUUGUGGAGCACUACGGAGGCAAACCAGAACCACAGCACUACCUGCCCCAGUGCGACGCACACGGGAACUUCAGUCCAGUCCAGUGUUAUGGGGACACAAGCUAUUGUUGGUGCGUGGACCAGGAUGGACGAGAAAUUGAGGGAACGCGCUCACACAACGUUGUCAAGCCUGCAUGUCUCUCCACAGUGGCCCCACCCACCAUGCGACCAUUGCCCCGCCCCGAUGUGACUCCGCCCCCCUCUGACAUCACGCUGCUCUACGCCCAGGGUCAGCAAAUCGGAGCCCUGCCGCUCAACGGCACCCGGCUGGACCCGACACGGGCCAAGACCCUCCUGGCCCUUCAUGGAUCGAUAGUGGUGGGCGUGGCCUACGACUGUCAGGAGAACAAGGUGUACUGGUCCGAUCUGUCUGGGAGGACCAUCAGCAGAGCUUCACUGACGCACGGGGCGGAGCCAGAGGUCCUCAUCAACACAGACCUGGCCAGCCCCGAGGGUCUGGCGGUGGACCCGUCCCGCCGGCUGAUGUUCUGGGUGGACUCGGCGCCGGACAAGAUCGAGCGGGCCAACCUGGACGGCAGCGGGCGCCGCACGCUCUUCCACCGCGACCUGGUGAACCCCCGCGCCAUCAUAGUGGUCCCUUCCACCGGGACGUUGUACUGGACCGACUGGAACCGCGAGGCCCCUAAGAUCGAGUGCUCCACCGUGGACGGAGACAACAGGAAGGUGGUGGUCUCCGAGGGCAUCGGCCUGCCCAACGCGCUGACCUACGACACCGAGGCCAGGCAGAUCUGCUGGGCCGACGCAGGCACUAAGAAGCUGGAGUGCGUGUCUCCUGACGGGUCUGGUCGAAGGGUGAUCCACCCUAACCUCAACUACCCCUUCAGCAUGGUCUACUACAGGAACCACUUCUACUACUCCGACUGGAGGAGGGACGGUGUGAUCGCGGUGAACAAAGACACCAGUAAGUUCACCGACGAGUUCCUGCCUGACCAGCGCUCGCACCUCUACGGCCUCACCAUAGCAACAACCAACUGUCUAUCAGGGAGCCAUUAACCCCGGAUCGACCGAGCCGUCAGCAGGGUCCUUUGGUGCUAUUCAUAUGUUGGGCUCUCCUCCGGGGGGACGAGAGAGGGAGCAUCGCUAUACUCUCAGAAGACCACCGUCCCCGUAAACACACUCCCCACUCCCUUAUCCUCCAUCCAAAUAUGAAACCUUUUUGUGUGCCCUUCACUCGCCGUUCUGUGUUUUGUAAAUUUGUGUUAUACCUCAUUUUAUCAACUUGUUUGUUGCUACUGGUUGUUUUUUAUUCCAUACCAUUUGAUGCCAAUGAACCAUGACAUGAGUGGAGCUUUAAAGGUGUAAAAUGUAUGUGACUUGUGUUUUUUAGUUUUUCAAAUCUCUUUAAAGCCAAAGAACAAAGACAAGAGAGAGCAUGUCCUUUACAAUGUGAUAUCCGAUAUCAUUUGCCGACAGCGUCCGUCGGUUAGCUAGGUCGGUUAGCUAGGUCUAGUAGUCAAACAUCUUGUUUGGUGGUUUGCCAGUCGGGAUUCAAAAUAAAUAAAGACAUGUAUGAAUGGAAGAGACUCUAACUGGUUAGCUAUACAUGCUCAGAAGGCUGGUAUAACUGAACCACUUACCCGGCCUAACGGGUUAGGGUUAGCUAACCGCCACGUGCUACCGCCCAGACUGAUGAGGAUCAACCCAAGUGUUCCCCACCCAUCAGGUCACUGUGAUCAGCACAACAUCCUAUUUCUCUGCACUGCUACUCCCUAUUUUUCUACACGUGAGGAUGUGACUUGUUAUUCUACUUUUAUAACUACUUUUUAAAAAUCUUUCUAUCUUUUUUAUAAGAUGUGAUAUUUAUAACAAAUAAAAAUGUGAUUCUGGAUUGGAUGGA